AUGAGUCAACUUGAUAGCUACAGUUUAAUGAUUGUAACUAAAUAUUUUGAUACAAUAGAAGACUUUAUUAAUGUCGAGUUUGUCAAUAAGAAGUUUCGCUUUAAUUUAGAUAAAUUCCAUUUCAACCCUAUAAGGUUAACAAAGAAGACUUUGAAGUAUUUUUCUCAUAUAGAAACACUGAACGUGUGGUCUAAAGACGAUGAACAUUUUGGGAACAAUGUUAUUUGUACGAUCGACUUAUCAAGUAACUUCACAAUAAAAAGUGCAGACAUUCCACAAAUCAAAAUAAGGCACUUGGAAUUUUCUCAAAACACCACAAACACAAUUUUUAGCGACAAAGACGCAACAGAAGAACUCACCAACACAGCCGAAAAAGUAGAAAAAAAAGAAGAAGUCGAACAAUCAAAAAAUUCAAAUCAACACAAAAAUAAUUCUGAUGGUAAAUAUCUUCAAAUACAAAAUUUUGAAUGCGAGAAGAAGACAAUUUUCAAAUCGCACUUUCUAGCGCAAAAAAAACAUCUUCAUGAAGUCCAAAAUUUGCAAUUCACUUCAAACGAAGACACAAACGCCACGCAAAACAUUCAAAACAUCGAAAAAACAGACAGACAACUGUACGGAUCAACAAUUCCAACAAACGUCACUAUUCUUGGCAAAGAAUGUUUUGCGAAAAGUCCGAAUACAUCGCUUGUAGUACCAGAUAGAGUCUAUUUUCUCUCAGAAUUCUGCUUUUUGGAUUGCAACAACUUGCGUGAAAUUGUCCUUCCAAAGUCACUUUCUUUCAUCAGCAAAAGCGCGUUUUAUAAUUGCACUUCACUCACUGAAAUUACAGUCCCCCCACGGGUCUCGUCAGUUUCUGAUUACACGUUUUACUCGUGCGAGUCGUUGCAAAGAUUUACAGUGCCAGAGCAAGUGACGUCGAUUGGGAAUUACGCGUUCAGUUGUUGUUAUAAU